GACAAACAAAUCGUGAGAACAAACGUUGAAGAGACACCUUUACAUAAGAGUAUUGGGAUCCCCAGAUUUUUAAUUUAAAUUACUCCUUAUUACUUGCUCACUUGCUGGUUAGAUUUGUCCACAUUGGAAGUUUCAUUUUGAUCUGAAAAUUCCCAAGAUUGAAGUUUUGAAUGAAGAAUACAGAUUUCAGAUUAUACAUCCUACAGCCCAGCCCCUCCCUGCAAACAACCAACCUUACAACUGACGUCUGAUAAUCUCCAACAAGACAAGUUCUCGGCGACAAUCCAGAGAGUUAUUAGCUGAGGAUAUAUUGAGAGUUCCAAUCCAAUAUCUAGAACUAGCAUGAUCUCUAAGCCCAGCAUGACUUCCUCUUCGUUGUCACCACCAGAGAAAUCAACCUUUAAGAGACAGGUUUUCCAUGGGACAUUUAUCCACUGUAAAACUCUGACGGAAUUGGAGAUUUUACAUGACACAUAUGUGUUUGUGGAUGAAUAUGGAGUCAUUGUUAAGAUUCUGAGCGGCGAUGGUGUUGGUGCUGGAGGUCCAAAGGAUUUAAGGGAGCAUGUAGGGGAAUUGGGCUGGGAUACGGAUGUCGAUGGUGAGGGGGGGGCUUUUGAGUAUGUGGGUUCUUCGAAAGAUGAACAUGGAAAGCAUGGAGAGGAACGAUUUUUCUUCCCGGGGUUUAUUGAUACACAUAUCCACGCACCCCAAUUUCCAAAUUCAGGCCUCUUCGGCUCUUCCACUCUUUUGAACUGGCUAAAUACAUACACCUUUCCCCUCGAAGCCUCUCUUUCUGCUCUCCCCAAAGCCCACGCUAUCUACUCCCGCGUGAUCCAACGUACACUAUCUCACGGAACAACUACCGCCGCCUAUUACGCUACCAUCCACGUUGAAUCCACCAAUCUCCUCGCCGAUCUCUGUUUGCAAAAGGGCCAGAGAGCACUCGUAGGACGCUGUUGUAUGGAUAGCGAUUCUGGUGCCAAUCCAGAUUACUACCGCGACGACGAUUCGGCUCAGAGUUUAGAGCGAACGAAGAAAUGUAUUUCCCACUGUGAAAAUAUCGAUCCGGAUCGGAAACUCAUCACGCCUAUUCUGACCCCGCGUUUUGCACCGAGUUGUACCCCGCAACUGAUGAGUUCUCUGGGCGAGAUUGCUGUGCAAAAGGAUCUUCCGAUUCAAACGCAUAUUUCGGAGAAUCGCUCUGAGAUCGAAUGGGUUAAGGAAUUGUUCUCAGAUUGCGAUAGUUAUACACAUGUAUAUGAUAAGUAUUCCUGUUUGACGCCGAAAACAAUAUUAGCGCAUGCCGUGCACAUCGGAGAGGAUGAAGCGGCAUUGAUUAAAGAGAGAGGAAGCGGUAUUGCGCAUUGUCCUGUGAGCAAUAGUGCGUUGACUAGUGGAAUGGCGAGGGUGAGAUGGAUGAUAGAUAGGGGACUGAAUGUGGGACUGGGAACGGAUGUUAGUGGAGGAUUCAGCGCGAGUGUUUUGGCGGCGGCAAGAGAAGCAAGUUGUGUUAGUCGGUGUGUUGCUUCUGGGAUCGGCGGAUCCGAAAAUACAAAUGGAAAAGAAAGGGAUACGUUGAGUGUACCCGAAGUGCUUUAUUUGGCCACGAGAGGAGGUGCAAAGGUUGUGGGGAUGCAGGAUAAGAUUGGCGGGUUUGAAGUUGGGAAGGUAUGGGAUGCGCAAUUGAUUGGGCUGGGAAAACCUCUUAUGCAUCUAAAUGGAGAGGGCGAGUGGGAAGGGCAAGAGGAAUCUCAUGAAGGAGAAGUUUCGCAAACAGGACCAGUCGAUAUCUUCGGUUGGGAAAACUGGGAUGAGAAAGUUGCAAAAUGGGUUUUCAAUGGGGAUGAUCGGAAUACGAUGAAAGUUUGGGUCAAUGGAAGGUUGGUCCAUCAGAGGAGGAAUUGAUUGGAUUGUUGGAUUCAGUGAGCGGAAUGAUAAUUAGAGCUUAGAUGGAAUUGGGAAUUCGGGAAUCGGUGGGAAAUGCAAGUAGAAUCGCCAUGAUAGAUAUUACUGUUUUGAUAGAUUGUAAAGAUAUAUUCA